UGCCAUAAUUGUGUAACGAUGUUUCCAAAUGUGCCAUAAUUGUGUGACGAUGUUUCCAAAUGUGCCAUAAUUGUGUGACGAUGUUUCCAAAUGUGCCAUAAUUGUGUGACGAUGUUUCCAAAUGUGCCAUAAUUAUGUGACGAUGUUUCCAAAUGUGCCAUAAUUGUGUGACGAUGUUUCAGGGAGCUUUUAUCGGUGGCUCGACUGCGCUGGUGCUCAAUAUGUACCUCAGUAUUACUGGACAACUGUAUGGCCACCAUGCCCCUAAACUACAUCCGGCGCCAACUUACGCAUGCACAAAUAGCAGUACAUUGUAUGACGGAACAACGUUUUUAAUGUCCACUAAUGGCAGCACCCAGCAUGAACUGACUUCUGUGGUACCUCCACAAAGUAAAACGGCGUCAACGUUUCACAUGUACGACCUCUCCUACUGCUGGUACGGGACCACUGGCAUGUUAAUUGCUAUCAUUGUUGGAGUUGGGGUUUCAUUAAUAACAGGUCGCCGUGACCCCAGUACACUUGACCCGCAACUGGUAUUCCCUGUCAUCAGAAAACUGUGUAACUUGAGGUCAAACAGCGCAACUGCUGACGCCGAGAAUUACAAAGAAGUUGCAAUUCAGGGCGCGUCUAGUGAGGCGCACAAAGAUAUUGCAUGCAAGACAUCCUCUAUAGAGACUCGUUUAUAGGUUUUUGCUUGUGCAUGUAGGCAUAAAAAAUAUGUGUAAUCUAAGUACAAAACAGACAUAUGGUAUGUGUCAUGUGGGGAGGUGAAAUGCAUGUACAAUGACUGCUGGGUGACGUUGUCAGCUAUAGCUCAUCAUUACUAUUGACGUACGAUACAAUUCCCUAUUUUGUUUAUAUGUGCUACUUACGGGUGUUGUCGGGUAUAGCUCAUCAUUAAUAAUGACGUACGAUACAAAUCCCUAUUUUGCUUAUAUGUGUUACCUACGGGUGUCUAAGAUAUGCUCACCUUUUCACGAACAACAGCCGUCCUACUAUUUGACGGUGAUUCCAAACGACUGCUCAUGGUAUACUCGUACAGUGGAAUGUGCUUUUAAGUUGGUUGCCUUUGAUUAUCUCUUUUGUACUUUAUCAAAUAUAUACAAGUCAAAAGAAGGAAUCGCUUUUAUCGAAAAUGUGCCAAUUAUUAGAUGUUCUUCACACGAAUAAUACUUAAAACCUUGUUACCAAAAAUGAGUGUCAAACUCUUUCAAAUCUUUGUAGAAAGAAAAUUUUGAAUUAACGUCAACAGGUUUGUAAAUGAGACACUAAAUUCAUGAAAUCAGUAAAGAAACGCUCGACAUCAAUCGAUAAUCAACAAAUUAUAUUAAAGCAUUCAUCUGUUUUGAGAAAGUGACUAAAUUCUAACUUCUAAGAACGGAUAACCCUGAAGUACGCAAAGACUCAAGAUUUUACGAGCGCUUCAUUCGUUUUGCUUCCCCAAGAUAACCUACAAUCUUUAUGUGGUAAAAGCAAAGGUUAUUUCUUGAGACAGUAAAUGCCAAGAAUGUGUGCUUACGGUAAAUGUGGCAACUAUGCGAUGACACUUGCAAUGCAAAUCAUUUGUUCACCAAAUAACCGGGGUCGUUUGAUAAACUUUCAUAGGGAAUUACAUCCGACAUCCCUCUUGUCACUGAUAUGUUCAAAUGUCCGCGUUUGUGAAAUCUUUACACAACUCAAAACUAACUCAAACUUAAACUCAUAUCUAAUCUUGCUACAUACACACGAUCAAAAGUGCUACAUCCCUCAUACCACUGACAUGGCAACAAUACAGUUCUUUCUUUGUUAGCUAGCUGUUUCAGUUACCGGUGGCUUCCCUUUACAAAGUGAUUAUUUGGAGAUGAACAUUGUUUCAUGAAAGAAGAUGUUUAGGAGGCACUGAUUUUACUCAGUGCAGAGUCAUCUGAACUGUUGUGAUGAAAUUGUGUCUUAAUGCUAACGUAAGGUCAAUGAUCACUGGUUUCAAUGUUGUCCAUGUGGAGUGGGUUUUAAGAAACUGAUGGUCAUGUUUGUUGUUAGAUGAGAAUAACAACACAAAACACCCAUUG